UUUUGAUACAUUUAAACAAUGAUAUAAAUAUGGAAUGUUAUCCGGUCUAGUUAUAUAUCCUGUGUUAAUAUUUUGACCCGUCAGACAAACAGAAUUUUAUACUGAAUAACUGUUCAGUUUCUUGUGGACUGAAUUAACUUAAUUAAAAGCUGAAUAUGUAUUCAGUAUUACAUAUGCUAUUACCUGUGAUUUUUGGCCUGUUGCUGGUUCACGUCAGCAGUUUACCAUCAGAAGAAGACUUUUAUGAGAGCUUAUAUGGACCGAUUCGUAAUACACGUGAAUUCAUGAGUCAUGAAGUUGUACCAGACAAACGUUACAUUAGAUUCGGCAAAAGAUAUCACCCUAGAAGCCCUGGGUCCAACAGUCUACGAGGAUAUAUACACUUUGGUUAAUGUUGAUUUCAGAAUUUUGGCAUGAGUAAAAGUGUUACAACCAGAAAAUUGGAUAAAAAAAAUAUGAUUUUGUUCUCCUUUCAAGACUAUUAGACAGUUAAUGUGAUAAUUUUACAUAUAAAAUACUACUAAAAGUGACAAAUUUUGUUUUGUUUAUCCCUGAGACUUUAUCGGAUUCAAGGGAGUAAAAUAAAUGUUCAUCUAAAUUUGAAUAACCUAUUUGACAAUUAAAAGUAAUCAAAGCACUUUUUGAAAUUAAUAUGAAGAAAUUA